AGCAAGAUACCUCUGGCUUUGAGGAAUAAAAUCACCUGAUUCGGAGGCAUAAAGCUCAAGUUCGAAGAAAUUAUAGCGAGAAAGAAGAUAUAGUAAAUAUUUGAAAUGCUAAAAUCCUUAUAGCAUGGGACAAAUGAGUAUCUGUAUCAGGACACAAUGGACCUGUUUUCUAGCCGGCUCUGUGUUUGGAUCUGCUUUAGUAAUCACUAAUGCAGUUCUGCAGCCGAGUCGCGGGGUGCCGCUGUUGCCUAGUGCUGAACAAAAGGUAUCAGCUCCUCCUGUCGCAGAGGAAUCGCCUGUGGACCGCGAAAUCGCGAGAUCUGUGCACUGUCAGGUUUUCUGCGGCGGAAAUAUCUAUGCGAGAAUCGGUCUGUUAAGACCUGUCAAGGAGCCUCUCCUGCUCAGAAAUUCUUGGGAUAAUUUAGCGGUCACAGCUCUUCUGAAUCAGAAAGGCAAAGGCACGGAGGGUGGGAUGGGAAACCGCUUGGGACCUAAGCUCCAGGCUGGGCAGAGGCGAAUGCUGUUUCUCUUCCUGCUGUCUUUGUUCCGCCCGGCGCUUUCAGAGCUAAUCCGCUACACUAUUCCAGAGGAGCUGGCCAGGGGCUCGCUGGUGGGGAACCUCGCCAAGGAUCUGGGGCUUGGCCUGCGAGAUUUGCCUACUCGGAACCUGCGGGUUAGUGCAGAGAAGAAAUUCUUCACAGUGAGCACCGAUAACGGAGACUUACUUGUGAGCGACCGUAUAGACCGAGAGCAGGUUUGUGGCAGGAAGUCAAUGUGUGUUCUGGAAUUCGAAAUGGUCGCUGAAAAGCCUUUGAACUUUUUUCAUAUAACCGUGGAGAUUCAGGAUGUCAACGACAGCCCACCGACCUUUAGCCAAAAUGUCACUGAGCUGGAAAUCAGUGAACUGACGCCAACUGGAGCCACCUUUGCCCUGGAAUCUGCACAAGAUUCAGAUGUAGGUGUCAAUUCCUUGCAGCAGUACUACCUCAGCCCUGACCCUCAUUUCUCUUUGAUCCAGAAGGAGAACCCAGACGGCAGUAGAUACCCGGAACUGGUAUUGAAGGCUCCCCUGGACAGAGAAGAGCAGUCCUGCCACCACCUGGUCCUCAUGGCUGUGGAUGGGGGUGAGCCAGCCAGAAGCUGCACUACCCAGAUCAGGGUAGUUGUGGCAGACGCAAAUGAUAACCCGCCAGUGUUCACCCAGGACUUGUACAGGGUCAGUGUUUCAGAGAACUUACCCCUGGGUUCCUCUGUGAUAAGAGUGAUGGCCACUGACUUGGAUGAGGGCAUCAAUGCUGAGAUUGCCUACACUUUCAUUAACGUUGACAAGGCAGUAAGACAACUGUUCAAGCUGGACAGUAAAACAGGGGAACUCACCACCGUUGGAAGACUGGACUUUGAAGAGAGAGAGCGCUACACAAUUGGGGUAGAAGCAAAGGAUGGUGGACAUCACACUGCCCACUGCAAAAUACAAAUAGAUAUUUUGGAUGAAAAUGACAAUGUUCCUGAGAUAACCCUGGAUUCUGAAUCUAAAUAUAUAAAAGAAGACACUGAGCUUGGGACUGUUGUUGCUUUGAUCAAAACACAUGAUCUAGAUUCUGGAUUUAAUGGGGAAGUCUUAUGCCAAAUAAAAGGAAAUUUCCCGUUUAAAAUAGUUCAAGAUACAAAAAACACGUACAAGCUGGUGACCGAAAGAGUCUUAGAUCGAGAGAAGACUCCAGAAUACAAUCUCACUAUCACAGCUACGGACAAAGGCAAGCCGCCCCUUUCCUCUAAAAGAAGUGUCAGCUUGAAAGUCUCCGACGUCAACGACAACGCUCCGGUUUUCCACCAGGCCUCCUACGUGGUCCACGUGCCAGAAAACAACCCACCCGGCACUUCCAUGGCCCAAGUUAAUGCUUCGGAUCCCGAUUUGGGGCCCAACGGCCAGGUCUCCUACUCCAUCGUGGCCAGCGACCUGGAGCCACGCGCGCUGUCGUCUUACGUGUCGGUGAACCCGCAGAGCGGCGUGGUGUUCGCGCAGCGCGCCUUCGACCACGAGCAGCUGCACGCCUUUGAGCUGACGCUGCAGGCCCGCGACCACGGCUCUCCAGCGCUCAGCUCCAACGUGAGCCUGCGCGUGCUGGUGGGCGACCGCAACGACAACGCGCCCAGGGUGCUGUACCCGGCGCUGGGACCCGACGGCUCGGCGCUCUUCGACACGGUGCCCCGCGCCGCGCAGCCCGGCUACCUGGUCACCAAGGUGGUGGCGGUGGACGCAGACUCUGGACACAACGCCUGGCUGUCCUACCACGUGCUGCAGGCCAGCGAGCCCGGACUGUUCAGCGUGGGGCUGCGCACGGGCGAGGUGCGCACGGCGCGGGCCUUGGGCGACAGGGACGCGGCCCGCCAGCGCCUGCUGGUCGCUGUGCGCGAUGGGGGACAGCCGCCCCUCUCGGCCACCGCCACGCUGCUCCUGGUUUUCGCCGACAGCCUGCAGGAGGCACUGCCGGACCUCAGUGACCGCCCGGCACCCCGUGACCCCCAGGCUGAGCUGCAGUUUUACCUGGUGGUGGCCUUGGCCUUGAUCUCGGUGCUCUUCUUCCUCGCGGUCAUUCUGGCGGUCGUCCUAAGUUUGCGACGCUCCUCCAACCCUACCACCUGGAGUUGCUUUCAAACUAGUUUUUGCUCCAAAACUGGACCUGGAGUCCUCCCCAACUAUGGGGAAGGGACUUUACCUUAUUCCUACAAUCUGUGUGCUGCCACACAUUCCUCAAAGACUGAGUUUAAAUUUCUCAAUAUUAAGCCUGAAAAUGCUCCACCACAAGACCUUCUAUGUAAUGAAGCCAUUUGUCUUGAAAGUACCAGCAAUGACAAUCCCCAAGUGACUUCUAAUUCAGUCAAUUUGCAACAGGAAGUCCAGAACGAGACAGUAAUGGCGGUUCUGCAAAGCCGCUGGCAUUAUAGCGGGUUGAUCCUGCUCUUCGUACUCCUGGGGACGCUGUGGGAGGCCAGGGCAGGGCAGAUCCAUUACUCCAUUCCUGAGGAGCUGGACAAAGGCUCCUUCGUGGGCAACAUUGGCAGGGAUCUCGGGCUGGAGCCCCAGGAGCUGGCAGAGCGCGGAGUCCGCAUCGUCUCCAGAGGUAGGACGCAGCUCUUUGCUCUGAACUCGCGAAGCGGCAGCUUGGUCACCGCGGGCAGGAUAGACCGAGAGGAGAUCUGCGCUCAGAGGUCUCGGUGUCUGGUGAAUUUUAACAUCCUUGUUGAGGAUAAAUUGAAUCUUUUUCCCGUGGAAGUGGAAAUAAUGGACAUUAAUGACAAUGCACCGCGAUUCUUAAGGGAAGAAUUGGAAGUAAAAAUUACCGAAAACGCAGCCUUAUCCUCUCGAUUUCCACUAAUGGAGGUCUAUGACCUGGAUGUGGGAGUGAACUCUCUCCAGGGCUGCAAGCUCAACGAGAAUAGUCACUUCUCCGUGGAAAUGCCAGGUAAAGCUGAUGGGCCCAAAUACCCAGAGCUGGUGCUGGUGCGCGCGCUGGACCGGGAGGAACAGGCCAUUCACCACCUGGUCUUUACCGCCAUGGAUGGCGGUGACCCUGCCCGCUCCAGUGUGGCUCGAAUCUUGGUAACUGUCCUAGAUGCAAAUGACAACGCUCCAGUCUUUACUCAGCCUGUGUAUCGUGUGAGUGUCCCUGAAAAUCUACCAGUAGGUACGCCAGUGUUGUCGGUAAAUGCCACGGACCAGGAUGAAGGAGUUCACGCGGAAGUAACAUAUUCUUUAGUGAGGAUAACAGAAAAAAUCUCAAAGACUUUCUGCCUGAAUGUUUUGACUGGAGAGAUAUCAACUUCUGCAAUUCUGGACUAUGAAGACACCAGCUUUUAUGAGCUGGAUAUUGAAGCCCGGGAUCGCCCAGGUCUACAGGACAGAGCCAAAGUCUUAAUUACUAUCUUGGAUGUGAAUGACAAUGUACCAGAAGUGGUAGUUACAUCUGGAAGCAGAUCAGUUGCUGAAAGCACACCACCAGGCACAGUGAUCAUUCUUUUUCAAGUAUAUGAUCGAGACUCUGGACUGAAUGGUCUGGUAACAUGUUCUAUCUCAGGAAGUUUGCCAUUUGAACUGGAAAAAUCAGUAGACAAUUAUUAUCGACUAGUGACAAAUACAGUUCUAGAUCGAGAACAGGUAUCCACAUACAACAUCACUGUGACAGCCACCGACAAAGGAAUGCCGCCUCUGUCUACGGAAAUGUUCAUCUCCCUAAAUGUGGCAGACAUCAAUGAUAACCCACCUGCUUUUCCCCAUACCUCCUACUCUGUCUACAUUCCAGAGAACAAUCCCAGAGGUGCCUCCAUUUUCUCAGUAACUGCACAUGACCCUGACAAUCGUGAGAAUGCCCAGGUUACCUAUUCCUUAGCUGAAGACACCAUCCAGGGGGUCCCUCUGUCCUCGUACAUCUCCAUCAACUCUGACACUGGCAUCCUGUAUGCAUUGCACUCCUUCGACUAUGAACAGUUCCGUGACCUGCAGUUGAGAGUGAUUGCAAGUGACAGUGGGGACCCACCACUCAGCAGCAAUGUGUCUCUGAGCAUAUUUGUGCAGGACCAGAAUGACAACACACCUGAGAUUCUGUACCCUGCCCUCCCCACUGAUGGCUCUACUGGUGUGGAGCUGGCACCUCGCUCUGCAGAGCCAGGCUACCUGGUCACCAAGGUGGUGGCAGUGGACAGAGAUUCAGGCCAGAACGCCUGGCUAUCCUACCGCCUGCUCAAGGCCAGUGAGCCAGGGCUCUUUGUGGUGGGACUGCACACGGGUGAGGUGCGCACAGCGCGGGCCCUGCUGGACAGAGAUGCUCUCAAGCAGAGCCUGGUGGUGGCUGUCCAGGAUCAUGGGCAGCCCCCUCUCUCGGCCACCGUCACGCUCACGGUGGCUGUGGCUGACAGCAUCCCAGAUGUCCUGGCGGACCUGGGCAGCCUGGAGGUCCCGCACGACUCUGACGCUUCAGGCCUCACGCUGUACCUGGUGGUGGCGGUGGCCGCGGUCUCCUGUGUCUUCCUCGCCUUUGUCAUUGUGCUGCUGGCGCUCAGACUGCGGCAUUGGCACCUGUCGCGUCUGCUCCAGACUUCCGGCCGCGGGUUGGAUGGCCUACCGGCAUCUCAGUUUGUGGGCGUGGACGGGGUGCGGGCUUUCCUGCAGACCUAUUCGCACGAGGUCUCGCUCACCGCGGACUCUCGGGGGAGUCACGUGAUCUUCCCGCAGCCGAACUAUGCGGACACGCUCAUCAGCCAGGAGAGCUGUGAAAAAAGCGAGCCUUUGUGCGUUUCAGAUGAUUCCAGGUUUCCUAUAGAAGACACCCCUUUCGUUCCACAAGCCCCACCCAACACGGAUUGGCGAUUCUCUCAGGCCCAGAGACCCGGCACCAGCGGAUCCCAAAAUGGCGAUGAGACCGGCACCUGGCCCAACAACCAGUUCGACACAGAGAUGCUACAAGCCAUGAUCUUGGCCUCUGCCAGUGAAGCCGCUGAUGGGAGCUCCACCCUGGGAGGGGGUGCCGGCACCAUGGGCUUGAGUGCCCGCUACGGACCCCAGUUCACCCUGCAGCAUGUGCCCGACUACCGCCAGAAUGUCUACAUCCCUGGCAGCAACGCCACUCUGACCAACGCAGCUGGCAAGCGUGAUGGCAAGACCCCGGCAGGAGGCAAUGGCAACAAGAAGAAGUCUGGCAAGAAGGAAAAGAAGUAACGUGGAGGCCAGGCCUGGAGCCACAGGGCAGCCUCCCUCCCCAACAGUCCAGCCUCUCCCUACCUGUGCCCAAGCCUCGGAUUUCAGGGCUCACUCCCAGGAAACUGGUAGGGGCCCAGGCCAUGCUCCCCUUGGGAAAUGGAAACAAGUGCCAGGUCAACACCCCCCUCUCUGCCCCCAAGGGAUUGAAUAUGCAAAGGGAGUUCUGCUGGGAACCCCCAUCCAAUCACUUGCUGUGCCCAUGGGGGUAGUGGGGUUCGUGUAGACACCAUUUAUCACACCCCCUUCAGUUACGGCUGAACUCCUCCAUCUUCCAAAUUCAAUCAGGCCCAUCCCCUACCUCCCUCCUGCCCUCCCCACCCCAGCCCACUCUUCUCUUUCUUAAGGUGGUUGGGGUGUUGAGGUACCUGGUGACCUAAAAAGGCUCAUAGUUCUGAAGAUUUGGAAGGGCAUCAUGACUUCUUGACCUCUCCUUCAAUUCUCAAACUUCCCCCAAAAGCAUGGUUUGGUGCAAGUCCCUUCAUCUCCUUCCAGAACCUGAGACCAAGCUCAAGUUUUUGGGAGACAUGGUCACCAUUCCCAUGGUACUGAUGCUUGCUGGAUUUAGGGAGGGCAUUUUGCUACCAUGCCUCUUCCCAACACCCUGGGGACCAGUCUUUUGUUCUGUUCUGUCAUCAUUUGAUGUUCCCACUGCAUGCUGUGACUUCCCCCUCCCCAAACAAGAGACCCCACUGCAUGUUCUGAGACAGUGUGGGGUGCUAAGAAGGGUGUGGUUGUGGAUGGGGGGUGGACAAAGCUUGAUCCCACCAGUUAACAGGGUCUUGCAGGAGGCUCUGUAUGCCCCAGGGUACCGACCAGAUCCCCAGGUUCCAGCCAGAAGCCAUGCCCCAGGCUGGACCCUCAUCUUUCAUGUAACAGGGCAGCCUGGCAGCCAGCGGUGCGCUGAGCUUCCAGCACCGGUGGGUUUGAACUGGCCUUGUGGUCCAAGGCAGCUCUGAGCAGGAUUAGGACAGGUCCCCUGGAGAGGUCAGAGGGGCCUCUGUGGGUGCUGGGUACUCCAGAGGUGUUGCUGGUGGAAGGAUCAGUGUGGCCCCAAUAGGGAGGGAGGGGCCCGCUGGGCUAUUUUUGGUCCCUGGGUUGGGAAGGAAGGGAGCUAGAGCAGGGACCAAGUGGACAGAAAGUGUCAGCCUGAGAUCAGGGCUUCUCCACAGGGCACCCCCCUGCCCCAGCGGCCCCAGCCCUUCACCUUGCAGGUGCCAUUCCUUCCCUGUGAAGGCCACUGCCCAGGCCCCCAGUCCGCCCCCUCGUGGCCAGAGCCUGGUUAAAGUCCCCCAGUGCCUCCUUGUGCAUAGACCUUCCUCUGCUCACCCCUCUGCCCCCGUUCCCGCUCACCCAGCGGGGCUUCUCGAGAACCCCAUCCCAGCCUUUACUUAGUAUAGAAACCCCCUCCCUCUUCCGGCUGGUGUAGAAUAAUCAAUAGUGUAUAGUGCGGCGUAUCUUUCCGUGAUGGCAAGCGGGCGGCGGGCUCCGCGCAGCCGUCUGUCUCCGAGCCUGCCCGCGGCGGCCCGUGCUGUGUUGUGCUGUGUCCACGCGCUGCGGCGCCCCCUUCCCGCGUACUGACUCCUCUAAGCGCUUCUCUUUGCAUAGUCACGUAGCUCCCGACCCCACCCGCCUUCCUGUGUCUCACGCAAGUUUUAUACUCUAAUAUUUAUAUGGCUUUUUUUCUUUGAAAAAUUAAAAGGUUUCUUCUGAAA